ACAUGAAUGUGUGAGUAUGUGAGUCGGUAUUCUCAACUCAUCAUCACGUUUUCUUUAAUAAAAACAGCGGCAGUACGACGUACUUAAUAAUUUUAUAAAUAGGGAACGAAACAACUUACUGCAAACUAUACCGCCGCAAGUACUUAAUAGAAUAUUAAAACUGAGUAAAAGGUCUUAGUGUCAAUUGGCUUAAGGCACUCGAAAAAGUCGUCUAAGGCAAAGAAGAAAAUGUGUGCUUCGUUGGACAAUUUAACAAAAACAAAAGACAACGAGGAGUAUGCCGACGAAAACAUCAACGACGCAAAUGGAAACAGUACAUUUGAAAUGGACAGUGUGACUAACAUAAUAGCACGCGCCAUAACCUCCAGCGAGGAAGUACUACGUAAUUUUGGAGCAAAUUUCAAAAUUUUGGAAUGUAAUCCGCAAGUAUCUGAAUUGCUAACAAUUAUUAGGGAUAAGAAUACAUCGCGUAGCGAUUUCAAAUUUUAUGCAGAUCGUCUGAUACGUCUAGUCAUCGAAGAAUCUCUAAAUCAAUUACCCUACACAGAUUGCAGUGUUGAGACACCUACUGGUGCCAUCUAUGACGGCCUAAAAUAUCGUUCGGGAAAUUGUGGUGUCUCCAUUAUACGUUCUGGCGAGGCCAUGGAACAGGGUUUGCGUGAUUGUUGUCGUUCCAUACGUAUUGGCAAGAUUUUGGUCGAAUCAGAUUCAGAUACACAUGCAGCGCGGGUUGUAUAUGCCCGCUUUCCCGAUGAUAUAGCACGCAGACAGAUAUUGCUGAUGUAUCCAAUAAUGUCCACGGGUAAUACGGUAUUGCAGGCUGUUAAUGUUCUUAAGGAGCAUGGCGUUCCUGAAAGUAGUAUUAUUCUCUCAAAUCUCUUCUGCACACCCAUUGCUGCCAAAUGUGUUGUUUCGGCUUUUCCCCGCUUAAAAAUACUCACUUCAGAACUGCAUCCAGUGGCACCAAAUCACUUUGGUCAAAAAUAUUUCGGCACGGACUAAUCAUCAUGACUCUCAAUUAUAGAUAUUCUGCUGGUAUACAGUUCGCCCGGAUCAAAUGAUGCUGUCAAAACUCUAAAUUAUUGCAAACAAAUUAGAUUUAAGUUAAAAUCGUUUAAUUUUUAUCCCCUCUAACAUUAUGACUGCUCGUUUUGGCUUUUUUUAAAAAGCAAUACCUAAUAUUUUUAUUGUAUUGUUUUAUUUGUAAAGUAGCCAUUUAUUUAUAUAGAUAUAUUUGUAUAUUGUCCUCUUAUGGAUUUAAACACACAACUUUUUUGACAAACCUUGUUAAUUUACAACAACCCAACAAACAAUAAGUGCAUACAUAUACACAUACUAUAUACAAACAACUAAAGAAAAAUAAAUUAGAUGUAGAUGAAUCAUGAAAACAAA